AUGGUAGCAUGGCAGACGGGCAGCCCUCCUACACUCCUUCGAGAGAAGGGAUGGAAAAUGGAGAUCAAACAAUCAGUAAACCUGGAGCGAAACGCAGAGGUACGGAUAGAACGCGCAGCUCCCAGUACAGGUCUUCAUCGUCCUCGAAAACCCCUUGAUAUUCGGCAUUAUCUGACAGCAGUAGCAUCUCGCGCUGGAACUCGAAGUGUUGCUUCUCUGACACCUGAGCAACUUGCACGAAAGCGGGCAAAUGAUCGUGAAGCACAGAGGUCUAUCCGUCAAAGGACAAAAACCCAUAUCGAGGAACUAGAACAACGGAUUCGAGACCUGUCGCAAGACCAAGAUGCCAGAGAUUUUGAACAAAUUAAGAGACGGAAUGCAGAGCUUGAAGAGGAGCUGAGGCAGCUCAAAGAGUUACUAGGACGGUCAGAUGGCAGUAUCGCUUCAUCUCCAGAGCUGACCCCCUUGUCGUCCAGGUAUGGCAUGGAUAUCGUGGAAGAAGCCCAUCCAUUGGCAUACUCUCCAAGCUGGAGUACACAAAAUAUUGGGGGACCUGGCUCGCCAUAUACGUCUUUCCCAACCACAAGCGCAGGCGACCUACUAUCCUCGUUUGCCUCAGACCAUUCAGGAUUGCCAUCUGGUUUCUCGGAUCCAGGAAGUGCACGAAGCGAAACAUUCAAUGAAGCAGAUAUAGCGUACAAGGACCUCACAAGCUCACCAACAGUGCCGGCUUCUAUCAAUCGCAGAGGUGCAAGCAACUCUAGGCCACAGUUCGGCCGAAGCAGAUCGUAUCCACAUGGACGAUUUGGGAUGCCAACAAACAACGCGCCAUUGAGGAUGACCGGCGGUGUAAAUGGAAUCGGUCCGUCACCGCUGGCGGGCCAGCCUAUAUCUCCUGUGAACAGGUCACUAAUGAUGAAUGUUAAUGGACAGCGCCAGCCUCCACCUCCGACAAGCCAUCCUUUGACCUUGAAUCAGAACAAGCCUCGUUUGGACUCAAAUGUCCCGCCACAACAGAACGGCACAGCGUAUGGAAUGUCUGAACCUAUGAGCAACGGGGCUGGUCAUCACGCUUGGGAGCUUUCCCUGCAAUUUUUGCCCCCUACAGGACCAGUCGACAGCAUUCUCAUCAGCCUUCUACAGCGUCAAAGGAGUAUCGCUACUCAGAGUACACCUGGCAGUCUGCUCGUCGGACCAUAUCAUCCUGAUCUGAGAGCUCUCCUGAAUCCGGAAAUGUCUAAUAAUAUCCACCCUGUGGCUUCAAUUGUCUCCAAUCUUUUUCAGAGAAUCGAGUACACUGGGUUUGCUGAGAAAGCUGCGGCGUUGUUCCUAGUGUAUCACUUUGUGCAGUGGCAAAUUUUGCCCUCACUAGAAACUUAUCAGAACUUGCCAGACUGGUUCUGCCCACGGCCCUCGCAAAUGAUCACAGCACAUCCCUUCUGGACUUCACUUGCAAUCUGGGGAGAACUUCGAGAUGUCAUGGUCGGAGACCAAGAGAAAUAUGCGACGGAAGAAUUUAUGAAUUUGUAUCAGAACUGCAUUAGUGUGAAUUGGCCAUUCCGAGACGAAGACAUACUGAUGUUUGUUGGAGAGGAAGUGAGGGUGACCGAUGCCUUCAUUCGCCAUAUCGAAACCCAAGCCAACUGGAGCUUGAGCGAGCCGUUUCAGCGAAGAUACCCGGAGUUGAGGGACGUUUGCAGGUUUGCCGAAGGUUCUGCUCCAUAG